UAGGUGUGAAAGCCACCAUGAAUGGUCAUAUUUCUAAUCACCCCAGUGGUUUUGGAGUAUACCCAUCUCAAAUGAAUGGCUACGGAUCAUCACCCACCUUUUCUCAGAUGGACAGAGAGCACAGUUCAAAACCAAGCGCAAAGGCCCUUUAUGAGCAAAGGAAGAAUUAUGCCCGGGACAGUGUCAGUAGUGUGUCAGAUAUAACCCAGUACCGUGUUGAACACUUGACUACCUUUAUUUUGGAUCGGAAAGAUGCUAUGAUAACUAUUGAUGAUGGAAUACGGAAGCUGAAAUUGCUUGAUGCCAAGGGCAAAGUAUGGACUCAAGAUAUGAUUCUUCAAGUGGAUGACAGAGCUGUGAGCCUGAUUGAUUUAGAAUCAAAGAAUGAACUGGAGAAUUUUCCUUUAAACACAAUCCAGCACUGCCAAGCUGUGAUGCAUUCAUGCAACUAUGAUUCAAUUCUUGCCCUAGUGUGCAAAGAGCCAACCCAGAACAAGCCAGAUCUUCAUCUGUUCCAGUGCGAUGAGAUUAAGGCAAACUUAAUUAGUGAAGAUGUGGAAAGUGCAAUCAGUGACAGCAAAGGAGGGAAGCAGAAGAGGCGGCCUGAUGCCCUGAGGAUGAUCUCCAAGGCGGACCCUGGUAUACCACCUCCACCACGAGCUCCUGCCCCUGCACCUCCGGGGACUGUUACCCAGGUGGAUGUUCGAAGCCGAGUGGCCGCCUGGUCUGCGUGGGCAGCUGACCAAGGGGACUAUGAGAAGCCAAGGCAGUAUUAUGAGCAGGAAGAAACUCCCGAGAUGAUGGCAGCUCGAAUUGACAGGGAUGUGCAAAUCUUGAACCAUAUUUUGGAUGACAUUGAAUUUUUUAUCACCAAACUGCAAAAAGCAGCUGAAGCAUUUUCGGAGCUUUCUAAAAGGAAGAAAACUAAGAAAAGUAAAAGGAAAGGACCAGGAGAGGGUGUUUUAACUCUACGGGCAAAACCCCCUGCUCCUGAUGAAUUUAUUGACUGCCUCCAAAAAUUUAAACAUGGAUUCAACUUGCUGGCCAAAUUGAAGUCUCACAUUCAGAACCCCAGUGCUGCAGACUUGGUUCACUUUCUAUUCACUCCAUUAAAUAUGGUGGUGCAGGCAACAGGAGGCCCUGACCUAGCCAGUUCAGUACUCAGUCCCCUAUUGACUAAAGACACAAUCGAUUUCUUAAAUUAUACUGUCAAUAUGGAUGAAAGGCAGCUGUGGAUUUCACUGGGAGAAACUUGGAUGAAAGCCAGAGCUGAGUGGCCAAAGGAGCAAUUUAUUCCACCCUAUGUUCCACGGUUCCGCAAUGGCUGGGAGCCCCCGAUGCUGAACUUCAUGGGAGCCCCGAUGGAGCAAGAUCUUCACCAGCUCGCUGAGUCUGUGGCCAGUGCCGCGGAGCAUCAGCGUAAACAGGAGAUGAAGAGGUCAUCCACCGAGCAUUCCAGCGCAUCAGAGUAUCCCCCAGGUGAUGGAUAUGCAUUCAGUAACAACAUUUACUCGAGAGGGCCCCAUCUGGACCAAGGGGAAGCCGCCGUUGCUUUUAAGCCAACUCCUAAUCGCCAUAUCCUUGAUGAUAGGAAGCAGUGGUGGAAAGUUCGAAAUGCAAGUGGAGACUCUGGAUUUGUGCCAAAUAACAUUUUGGAUAUCGUGAGACCUCCAGAGUCUGGAUUGGGGCGUGCUGAUCCACCUUAUACACAUACCAUACAGAAACAAAGGAUGGAGUAUGGUCCAAGACCAGCUGAUACCCCCUCUGCCCCGUCACCUCCUCCAACACCAGCUCCCGUUCCUGUCCCUUUUCCACCUUCUGCUCCAGCACCUGUUCCUGUGUCAAAGGUCCCUGCAAAUGUCACCCGUCAGAACAGCAGCUCCAGUGACAGUGGUGGCAGUAUUGUGCGAGAUAGCCAGAGACACAAACAACUUCCAGUGGACCGAAGGAAAUCUCAGAUGGAGGAAGUGCAGGAUGAACUCCUCCAGAGGCUGACCAUUGGUCGGAGUGCCGCUCAGAAGAAGUUCGUGCCACGGCAGAACGUGCCAGUUAUCAAUAUCACUUACGACUCCUCGCCAGAGGAUGUGAAGGCAUGGUUACAGUCGAAAGGAUUCAACCCAGUGACUGUCAAUAGUCUUGGAGUAUUAAAUGGUGCACAACUUUUCUCUCUCAAUAAAGAUGAACUGAGGACAGUCUGCCCUGAAGGGGCCAGAGUCUUUAGCCAAAUCACUGUACAAAAAGCUGCGUUAGAGGAUAACAAUGGCAGCUCUGAAUUGCAAGAAAUUAUGCGAAGACGACAGGAGAAAAUCAGUGCUGCUGCUAGUGAUUCAGGAGUGGAGUCUUUUGAUGAAGGAAGCAGUCAUUAAUUUGUUUUUAAACUCCAUUAUUCUUGACAUUAUUCUAACACGCUUUGUUUUAAGAAGCCUUGAAGGGAAUGUCAGAGUCACUUUUCUUGGGAUAAUUUAUCAUGGUAGAAAAACCAAUAGAAAUCUGAGUAAGCAGAGGAUUUGCUUCUGGAAUCAUUAUUUUUAUUAAAACUGAAAAGUUUUAAACUGAAUUUUUUGAUGGGAAUAUUUUUCCUACUUUACCCAGGUGAGGUUUCCUUUAUUGGAUUAAAUAUUUCAUCGCUAUCUGAGUGUAUAUGCAGAAAUUUUUUUGACAGCGGUAGAUUUAUUUACUGCAAGAUAGUGAAGAUAUUAGUGAUCAUUCAAAAUCUAAAUGAUUUCACUUUUGCCUGUGAAUAUUAUAUCUGUCAUUCAGGGUGUAGCUCACUUUAGACUAGUCUCUGCUUACUUAGGUUUCCUCUCUGACACAGUCAGGAUAACAAUAUUUAGAUUUAUUUAAAGUUCUUAAUGCCAACAGUUAAAAAAUUGAAACAUUUGAAUGAACUAUAAAGUAUAGUCAGGCCUUGGACUUGCAAAUAACGACCUAUGGAGCAUUUGCAGACGUUUUAUUUGUCAUGGCUCUGUUGAUCACAGUUCCUUGUAUAGCUUGUAUUUUGAUUUAGUUUAUAUCUGCUUAUUAUGUAUACCGUGUUCUUGUAUAUGAGAAAGCACAAGUGGAAAAAAGGUCAUGUAUGCUCACAAUCUGUGAAAGGAAAUAGCCUGCAUUGGUGUGAAUUAUGGUAUUUUGCUUAAUGAAGGCCUCAGUUUUGAAUAGUGAGAUAAGUAGUUUAAAGGAAAUUGGGGCCAUUUAAUGUGUUUAUCUGUGUCAAGUCUUUCUGGUAAUAAGAAAUGCUUAAUUUACACAUAUUUUAAUCCUGUGAAAGAUAUUAGAUAGAGAAAAGAAAGAUACUUAACCUUCAACAAAUGUUAUUUUUGGAAAACACAAUUUUUGUCAUUAAAUGUUAUAUUAUUUCACAUAUAUAAAACAGAUGUUAUGUAAGAAUGUUGUAUAUUUUAACAUAAAUCCAUUUAGAGAGAUUAUCUAGAUUCAUUAAUUUUCAUAGUGCCUUUUUCACAUGAGUCAGCUGGAAAGUCUGCAAUAAACAGUAUUUGCUGUAUGUUAA